AUGGGUAACAACCCCGCAGAUGCCGUCGCUAACGCGACAAAUGAUGGCCGAACUCAUCUCCUUCUAGCCGCGAGUGGCUCUGUCGCUACCAUCAAAAUACCGUUGAUAAUAUCCGCGCUACGACAUCAUGCCAACCUCUCGAUACGCGUCAUCCUCACGAAAUCUGCUUCUUUUUUCCUCCAGGGCCAAUCCGCAGAACAGCCCACCAUCGCCUCCAUAGCUAAACUACCCAAUGUCGAAGCUGUAUACCAAGAUGAAGACGAAAUGACUGAAUCCUGGGUACGGGGCGCGGGGAUCUUACACAUCAACCUGCGCAAAUGGGCGCAUAUACUGGUCGUGGCGCCGCUGAGCGCAAAUACAUUGGCCAAAGUUGUCAAUGGGAUAAGUGAUAAUUUGUUGACGAAUGUGAUCCGAGCCUGGGAUACCUCUGGAUUCGUUGAUGGAGGUGCUAGGAAGAGGAUAUUGGUGGCGCCUGCGAUGAAUGCAGCAAUGUGGUUGCAACCGAUUACCAAGAAACAGAUUCUCGUGUUGGAUAAAGAAUGGGGCGUUGAAGCUGAUGCGGGAAAUCUCGAACAUCAAGGAUGGUUUGAAGUAUUAAAACCUAUUGAGAAAUCCCUUGCUUGCGGAGAUGUUGGUGUUGGAGGCAUGAUGGAGUGGACUCAUAUCGUAAAGAUUAUUGAGCAACGACUCGGUCUUGUUGCUCCAACUAAAUGA